AUGUCCAGCCUCAACGAACUCCUUCAUCGACAGCGAUCAGGACCAUGGCAAAAGUUCCGGGCCCAGCCUUGUGUCUUCCUCGCACGAAAGCUUUACAGUUGGCAUGAACCUAUUCCAGCUACACCACUCACACGUCCCGUUGCGAUUGUCUGUAUCUCCGACACUCAUAACGCCCAGAUCAGCGUUCCAGAUGGAGAUAUCCUGAUCCAUGCCGGUGAUCUCACACAAUCCGGAUCUUUUCAGGAACUCCAGAACGCGCUCGCCUGGCUCCGCGCCCUGCCUCAUCCUAUCAAAAUCGUUAUUGCGGGUAAUCAUGAGCUACUUCUUGACUCAGCACUGGAUGACUCGUCAGGUCGAGCAGCCUCUGAGCGAGCUCGGCUCGACUGGGGGGAUAUCAUCUACCUGGAAAAUGAGGAAGCAACAAUUUCCUGUCCGAAUGGUCGUCAGUUAAGAGUCUAUGGAAGCCCUAAUUCUACACGCCACGGGAACUGGGCCUUUCAAUACCCCGGAGACCAAGAUGUAUGGACCGGCUCAGUACCGGAUGGAAUAGAUGUGCUUAUUACUCAUGGUCCGCCACUUGCUCAUCUUGACCUACUAAAGUUGGGCUGUCCUCAUCUACUACAGACGCUCUGGAGAGUUCGACCGAGACUACAUGUAUUUGGCCAUAUACAUGAGGGUUCAGGAACCGACUGGAUGGUGUUCAAUAGACUCCAGGAUGCGUACGAGCGCACUGUUGCCGCUGGAGGGGGCUUAAGAAAUUUUUUAUUCACAGCGUGGGAAUUGGCCAAGGCAUGUCUCCGCCCGACCGUGGAAGCAAAAUGCUUACUCGUGAACCCAUCCAUCGUUGGGGGUUUGCGGGAUAAUGAACGAAGGCAGCCCAUCAAAGUCUUUAUUUAA